UUACAUCGCACAAUUACAAAGUGUACUAGUCAUAUUCGCGGGAUUGUUAACACCACACAAGGCCACGAGGCGGACAUUUCUCUGGUACGCGAUGUCAGCACAAAGUGUUUUGGGGAUGUCGACAUGGACAUGUUAGCUCUAGAAAGGUGUCUACAACAGAAAAUAGACUUUUUAAUCUAUUGUCUUACCAAGAUGGAGCUCACCUAAUCAACAUACCAAGAAGUGAAUAAGUGUAAAGACACCUCAUUUGCCAUUGGAUUGAUUGUAUGAAAACAUGUCCGGACUACGUAGUGACGUCAUGAAUGGGUCACAGGAAGAUGAGGAAAUGUCACUAAACACUCAGGAUGAAUUAAACGAUGAGUCACGAGAGGGCACGAAUGACAUACCAAGCGACAUAUCCACACAGAAAAGUGCCGAAGUUACUGUGAAGGCGCAAAAGCCUCAACGUCAAAAUCCCUCGCCAUAUCCAUGUCAUGUGUGUCGACAGUGUUUUGAACGCCCGCUCGACUUUUGGACCCAUCUGAAGACGCACGUGGGUUUACUCCAAGCUAGCGACUUCCUGUUAUGCGUUGUGUGUGGAACAAGAUUUAAGGAAGAGGAAGAAAUAUCCAAACACCUGACUACUCAUUCUGAUGACGAGAUCUCGCGAUGCGAGGUGUGCAGUGAACCAUACAACCACUUCACGCGCUUACAUACGGGUCCCAAGCCAUUUAAGUGUAGUCUAUGUCUUCGAACAUUCCGGAAAAGUAAAGAAUUCCAUUCUCACCUAAACUCGCAUUCAGGUAACGAUGACUAUAGUUGUGAGAUUUGUGGGAAGGGCUUCUCGCGGAAAGACCGACUCCGUAUUCACAGACAACAGGAACAUGGCAUAAAAUUGAACGAGUGUCCGAUUUGUAGAAAGCGUUAUGAAGAGUCCUUUGAAGAACACAAAAUGACUCAUAACAAAUACAUGUAUGUCGAGUGCGAUGAGUGUCACAAGGUGUUCAGUGCUAUUCGCAGCUUGGCUAAACAUCACGAGUUUCAUAACAAAACAAAUAGUUUCACUUGUAACCCCUGUGGUAUUAAAUUCAAUGACGUCGCCCUUAUGAAAGAUCAUGUGAGGAAACACUUGCCUAAGGCCACGCAUGAGUGCAAUUUUUGCCAGUUAAGAUUUUUUACUGUCGACGAUCUCAACUCGCAUAUGAAAACACAUACGGGGACCGUGUCUAGUCGGUAUUCUUGUACCGAAUGUUGGUCUGACUUUCCCAACGAGAGAAGAUUGCGUGAACAUCAGCAGAAAGCAAAACAUACGUCCUGUCGACAUUUUCAGUGUAGCUUUUGCCCUAAACGAUUCCUUGCAUUGAAAUCACUCUACCGGCAUGAGAAGGUCGCUCAUAUGCAUGUGCGGCACACAUGUAAGUUUUGUGAACUUACGUUUGCUCAUCCGAGGAAUCUCACUUCUCACGUGACUAACAUUCACCCAGGUAAAUCUUUAGGUCACUACUGUGCCCUAUGUAAAAUCACUUUCAGUAAUGCUACAGAAUUAGAUUCUCAUAACAAGAAACAACACUCUUACGCGACGAGCGGAAUCGUACAGACAUCAUCAGAAAUUGCAAAUUCAAAGGAAACAUCUUCAUCGGUGACCUCGUCAGUAAUCAAUAACGUAAAAGAUGGAGGUAGCACACCCAACUUGGCAAAAAAUAAUAAAACUCCAAAUGGUUCUUACACUGGACGGUCUGUAAAUGAAAUCCAAAAUGUGAAUACCGAAGAUGAUGAGACGGACGGAACAGGCAAGGAACUUGGGGAAGUAGGUAACGAAGACAAAGACACUACGGUAUUUGUCUGUCGAUUCUGUGGGAGGCGCUUCUCUAUAAAGCAUUUUUGGCGUCUACAUAGCAAGAGACACAAAGCCGUGGAAAGUGUUAAAAGGUGUGAAAAAUGUCGUAAACUGUUUGGCAGCCUAGAACAGUUCACAAAUCAUCGUUGUGUCGAGAUAAGCCCGUACGAGUGCGAAAUAUGUGACGAACCCUUUGCUAGCGCGUAUCUUCUGAUGAAACAUCGGGCUAUACACAGGGGACCAGUGCACAAAUGCGACAAAUGCAACAGACUGUUUACUCGAAAGUGUAAUUUAGAAAGACACAUGGUCAAAAGCCAUUCCUGGACAUCGGAUUACGAUUGUAUAUUGUGUUCAAAGUCUUUCUCGUGUAAGCAGGCACAUUCCUUUCAUCUUUUAUCACAUAUCCGAACAACAAAUACAUGUACAGUUUGCAACGUCGCGUUUCGAACCCCGGAUGAAUUCGAUGAACAUGUAGAGGGGAAUCAUAAGAUUGGAAACAUGUACAAGUGUCAAGUAUGUACUGAUGAGUUUGAUUCCAUCAUGAGCUACCAGGUUCAUCAACUUACACAUGAUGUCAGUGUUGCUCACAAGUGUAAGGUUUGCAAUAUGAUCUUCAAAAACGAACUGCAACUGCGUUCCCAUCAGAAGGUGCAUAAGUCCUCGUCAAAUAUCAUAUGUAAUUGGUGCGGCUUGGAAUUUAAAAAUAUUAUGAGACUUCGCAAACACCAGUACCGGAAUAGGUGUUGGAAGGGGAGAUCUUUCCAAUGUAUCAUCUGUGGAGACAACUUCCAACGUCUAGACCUUCUGCAAAUGCAUACAAAAACGCAUUUAAAAUCAAAUGUGUUGUCCGCUGAGCCUGUAAGGAACGAUUGUGUUGUUCGCGGCAGUGGUAACGACGAAAUUGGUGACGUCAGAGAAAAGAACCCGGUAGAUCACUUGUCAGCCAACUUUGACGAUGACGACGAUGCUCCGGAUUCAGCAACAACGAUGUCAGGAAUGGAGGAGUGUAAUAGCGAUAUUAGUGGUGGUUCUUUGCCUCGUUCUGAGUUUUUGAAUGCAGAUGAUGUUACAGUGAACGAGGACAUAGAAGGGUGUGACGACCCUGGACAAAGCCACAUUGGCAGUGUAAUGUUCAGCUGUGGAGUCUGUAACAAAGAAUUCUCUACCCAUUCAGAGCUUCAUCUCCACAUUAACAACCACAAUGUAGAGUCACAUAGUAUGACAUCUGACCAGUUAUCGCGUUGUCAUGACAAUGAGCCAUUGGAAAUAAACACAAAUCAUCCCCAGUCUUCUGCGUCAGAGCAUCACAAUGAUUCUCCUGGAGUUUGCCAAAAGAGUCCAAAUCAAAUUGUAGACGACGAAAGUGGCAAAUCCCAAGGACCUGUUAUAAGUGACGAUGAUCAGAUGGGCAGAAACAAGGGCAUUCAUGAUUCAGAUCUUUACAUGUGUGGAUUGUGCGAAGAUAUCUUUCAGAAUAUUGAAAUGUUGAACGAUCAUAUUUCCAAACAUGCAAACGACAGGAACUCUUACAGGUGCGGUAUAUGUAGUAAGGUACUCUCUUCGAUACUGUCCUUCCACACCCACUGUGCCAGUCACGUGGCUAGUGACGGUGAACCUGAACCAGUUAACGGCGGUAACAAAACAGGACGGGUUAAUGUUUUUGAUAUGGCGUUCUUGACACUAUCAAAUCAUUCUGAUAGUCAUACAUGUCCAAAUGAAGAUGAAACAUCUACUGCUAGUCAGAAUGCUGAUGAAACUAUUCUAAAACAGAGUUUGAAAGAUAUUCCAAAACAAAUAAAAGAAGAACGCCCCGGUAUUUUCGAUAUUUUGAAAUUUGAUAAUGUUGAAAUGAAAGCGACCAAUCCUUUGAAAUGCGAUAUUUGUGGACAGACAUUUGAUUCCAAGCAUGAAAAACGUCGUCACAAAAAACAACACACAAGCGAGAAGGAGACACAGGUUGAUGAACAGAGUAAUUGUAGUAAAGUAGAGACAGAACGAACUUGUUACAAUUCCGUGUCAGACGCUACACUUGAAACACGCAACGUGGUAGAUUCUUUGAUGCUAUAUAAAUGCGGUAUAUGCCAAUUAUCGUUUUGUGUGCCAUCAAAACUCGUUGAUCACAUCAAGGUGCAUUUAGAUACAGAUGUGUCUGCAUUGUGUUCCGCGGACAGCGAGUCACCGAUGGUGUCGGUCGAUCACACCGGUGAUGACACAAACGUCGAAGAUCCCGUUGUACCUUCCCUGUCUGUCAGUGAUAACACAACUGACUCAUCAGGGGACAUGAAACACACUUGUCGUACUUGCAAACGUGUGUUUCCAUCUGCCGAUUCUUUGUAUUCUCAUUGUCAUGAUCAUGUCGCAUUGCCGAGAAUCAAGAUCUAUAGAUUUCGUUCAUUUGAUGAAGACUUUUCAGGGUCGGUCCUUGUCGGGAAUCAUCCUGGCAUGACCAAGAAGGGAGUUUAUAAUGAACAGUUUAGUAGGGAUGUUGGAUAUGAGGUGCAAGGCACGGAUAAUCAGGCAAGACGUUAUCAAAUUUCAGAUCGAUCAUCGAUUCAAAGUGGCGAUCGGUUUUUAUCCGUCGGAAACAGUAAAAACCGUAUGCACAAACACAUAGAUCCGAUGUUGCCCGCUAUUUCAAGACCAAGUGCAAAUAAACAUACCAAUAGUCAAAUAACGAAGUUACCUUCUCACUCUGGUACCGCCGACGCUUCUCGUGACAGUAACACAUCUCGUUGCAAGCCAGUUUCUGCGUUGAAGUGUAAAAUCUGCUCGCGCAUGUUUGGUUCUGCGCAUGGAAUGGACGUACACUACCAAAUGGCUCAUAAUUUAGAGACCGUCAAGAAGCGUAUGUCCUCGCAGACACGCUCCUCAUGCACACGUUGCAACAGAACCUUUCCUUCGGCUCACGCACUUCAUGUUCACGAGGGGAUGGUACACUCAGAGUAUAAGACCAGUUACAAAUGCACUACAUGUGGCAUGGGGUUUCUGAGCAAAUUAAAACUUCAGGCACACAUCGAAAUCCACAAAGAUGGAGAAUACGACGAAGCCACUGCAAGGAAAACUCCAUACAAGUGUGUAAUGUGUAAUAGAGCCUUCAGUUCAGUCCAUGGGAUUCGCUUACACGCUUAUCAUCAUACCGAUGUAGAGGACACAAGUAAUCACAAAUACCGCUGUCUUCUCUGUAAGAUAUCUUUUGACACUAUUUUGCAGCUUCGUUCUCACGUCACAGUGGUCCACAAUGAUUACAAGCAUUGCAAUUUUAUGGAUGACUCGACUGAUAGAAUGAACGAUUCUUCAUCAAAGAAAGAAAAAUCUAGCCGUGAUAUUAAUGCAAGUAGUAGGCGAGAAGAGUAUCUAUCCAAAGCUACCGACUCCAACAGAGAGUUGGUUUCGAAUGGCAGAACUGCUGAACGCUCAUCUAAAUCUACAUUAAGUUCGACGUCUUCAUCAGUACGGCUCAAGUCAUCGACAGUACAACCCGCAGACACUCAAUACAGACCCUGCCAGUGUUUGGUCUGUAAUAGAGUAUACCCGUCCACGUUUGUACUUCGCCAAAAUUGUAAGCAUUGUCAUACCGUCACCAAGGUUCUUUUCCCGUACAAAUGUCUGAUCUGCCAAAAGAAGUAUAGUACAAUCAGAGGAAUUAGGAUCCAUAUGCUUUCUCAUGUUGACAAUGAUUUGAAAAAGUCACAGAAGAGGCGUUCUGACGAUACUGCCACUUCCGGUAUUAUUUCGAGAAAAAAUCUAAAAUUAUCCGAAAAUUCACCGAAUACAGCAACAAAUGGCAAACAGAAAUUAUCUAAUCAGUGCUUAAUGUGUGGUCGGAUAUUUAACUCGGGACGUGGGCUUAGGAUCCACAUGCAAAGUCACCCGAAAUUUAAUCUCUCCGUCCGUCAAGUAGUUUUCCAAUCACCGCACUCAACUAAGCAACCGGUAUCCAUGGAAACCAAAUCACCUAGUCCUGUAUAUCAGAAUGAAAGCAUUUCCGAAACCAUGAAGAGUGGAACGAUGAGGUACAGAUGUCGCCUGUGUCCACGACAGUUCAUCUCGACAACAAUUAUGCUACGUCACAUGAAAUCUCACAAAAACAAGUUCCAAUGCGACAUGUGUUGUGAGGUAUUCAGCGAUGCGUGGUCAUGUGAGACACACAGGAGUUCACAUAAGGUCAAUGUAACGCAUGCAUGUGAUCUCUGUCUGAAGAUAUUCCCCACCCUGAGCAGCCUGGUACAUCAUAGGAAAUCGCACACCGGGAAAUCCCUUCCCUACCGUUGUGAUGCAUGCAACGACGAGUUUAAGACCAUCGAUGAACUGAGAUUACACUGUAAACGUCAUAUAAAUGACGACCAGGGUGAGGACAAUGAGGAAAAUCCAGGAACUGAAAACAACAUUAAUGAUAAGGAGAUUCCGGUCAUAAAUCUAAACGGCGGGGAACACAAAAAAACAAAAGACGAGGAUUCAGUAGAUGAGCAUGCAUACAAAUGCGAUAUUUGUGAUAAGAGUUUUAAAAGUAUUGAAGAAAUUAAAGACCACUGCAGAUCACAUACAGAAAACGAGAGUCCUGAAUUAAUAUCUAGGGCGGAUGUUGAGGCUAUGAAAGUGUCUGGGUCGAACAUUUACCGAUGUAACAUAUGUGACAAAGAAUAUUCGGCCUCAUUUAGCCUGGAGCGCCAUUACAGGAUCCAUGAGGGCGAGAGGAUGUACAUAUGUCAUAUCUGUGAUAAGACAUUCCAACAAUCUUCCAGUUUACGCGAACAUCUGUUGUCACAUCACCAAGACGCCCUGUAUAAAUGUAACGUUUGUGGCCUGCAGUACAAUUGUAUGAAGACGUUGUCAACCCAUAAAAGAACGCAUACCCAGUACGCGACAGAGAGUUGUUUAUUAUGUUCCAAAGAGUUUUUAAAUCAGCAAGACUUUAUGAAUCACAAAAAGGAAUGUGAAAUUCAGAGACCAUAUGUGUGUGAUAUAUGUGGGAAGGGAUGUAUUCGUAAAGGCCAACUAACGGAACACAGGCGAAUUCACCAGGACACUCGAAUAUACAGCUGUUUCAUCUGCGACAACCGAUACACGCACGCGCAUAAUCUGAAACGUCACAUGGAAGCAGCACACGGCAAAAACAUACCCCGUGCUUCAAUAACGAAUAUGAUGUACGCCCCUUACAGUAAUGAAGUAAAAGUCGAACAAGAUUUUAACAGAGAAAUAAGUCUAAAAGGCAGAGACCAGCCAAAUGUUGAAUGUAGUGCGACCGGAGCACAGGUUCCAACAGCGACCAAUCGUUCGGUAGCUGAUGAUCACAACUACAAAUGUACACAAUGUAACGAAUACUUCGUGUCAGUAAGUGCUCUACAGCGACACACAGUUAUACACACUAGGGAUAGUUCAAAUCACACGUGCAAUUUGUGUGGGAAGACUACGACCACACUAAAAGGAAUCAGACGUCAUAUGAGCAUCCACAAUGAAAAAAAUCAUAGUGUGUGUCGAAUUUGCGGAGUCAUUUUUCAAAACAAGACAUUAUUACGAAGACACAUACAUAUUCACACAAGGAACAAACUCAAGUGUGAUAUAUGUGAAAUGACACUGGACAGUACAAAUAUGUUAAAAGAACAUUUACUUUCCCACAUGAUACUCCGGUGCAACAUUUGUAGUGACGAGUUUCCAUCUCGGAAUCACCUGACGAAACAUUUACAAACACACUCGAGGGAAGAAGGAGGAAAUACGAAGACGCUAUCUGAGACGUCUUUCGGCGAGAAACAAAAUAUUCAGCAAGAUGUUGAUACGACGGACGCUACGAAGAGUACUCAACAACACCAAUGCUGCGUGUGUGGACAAACAUACAAGAAAUCAAAUGAAUUGGAAAAGCAUUUAUGGAAUAAUCACGGUGAGAGACAGGUCACGUGUGACAUCUGUCCUGAUCGGUUUGCCAGCCAGGACGGUCUCAAACGUCACAUACUUCAGAAGCACAAAUCGGCAUUACAUAAAUGCCGGGAGUGUAAAGCAACAUUUACCUCACUAGAAAAUCUACAAUCCCACAUCGCGGAAGUACAUCCUCAGCAGCCAUACGCCUGUACAACGUGUAACAUACAGUUCCAAUCCAUGUCGGAGAAACACCGUCAUAUGACGUCAGUUCAUGGGCAAAAUGUGAAUUCGCCAGUCAGAUUGAUUGAACCUGAUACUUCCAUGGACACCAAACAAAGGUUCAUUUGUAGAUGUAAGGUCUGCAACAAACGCUUUUAUUCCGUUGUGGACCGACAAUUACACAUGGUUCAAGUUCAUGGCACUGUAAACUACAGGACAACCUGUUCUAUAUGUGGUCAGAUGUUUUCUAGUAAUGCUCGCCGCAGGAAGCACGAGGCUCUACACUUAGGAAAACUUAUCCCAUGUCCAAUAUGUCAGAGAGCAUUCAAAACUAAGACAGCAAUGGCUAAUCACCGCCGAUGUCACUCCAGAGAAACAAAUACAUUUAGCACACGUAAGCAGUGAUUCGUCAGGCAAAACUCCUUGAAGUACUCAUUUGAAUUCAUCCAUAUAUAUUAUGUUAAAUCCACUACGAACGUAAAGCCAUCUACCACGAUUGAAAACCAUUAUCAACACAUCUGACACUUGGUAUCUGCUAUUUUGUAUUUCAAACAGUAAAUCAUUAUAUCGUGUAACUUUUAAAACAAAUUAAAAAAUAAUUAUUACAUGUAACUCGAUUUUUUUUGUUGAUUCAUGUCGAUGAUAAUACUAUAAUAGAUUAACAAACAAAACUGUAAAUGAUGGUAAUGUGUCCAAUAUUAGUGGAUGUGUAGUGAUGUACUGUAUAAAUGAUGGUAAUGUGUACAAUAUUAGUGGAUGUGUAUUGAU